CCUUCCACGAAAAUAGGAGUACUCCGGCUGCAGACGCAAACCCAAACCAAGCGAAAAAUAUCCACUGAAUCUCUCUCGCUGCUCGCGGCCGCGGCGACCGGACUAAGGAAGGAAUCGAAGGCGACGAUGGCGUGCCGAGCCCUCGCGCUCCGCUCCUUGCUGCUCCCCGACCCCCUCCACCACUUGAGUCUCCGCGCCGCCGCGUCGGCCCAGGCGGCGCCGUUUCCUUGUCGCCGCCGCCGCCGCAACAUCCGCUGCUGCUCCAGCUCCAGUGGGGGCGGGCCCGGGGAGCAGGGACAGCCGCCGCAGGAGGCCGUGCUCGAGGCCAUAUCAAAGGUGGCAAAGUCUAAAGGAAGGGUUGCACUCACAACAAAUAUGGUCAUAGGUGGCACUGUUACAGAUGAUUCAAGUGAUGAAUGGCUUGUUCUGGAUCAGAAGGUGAAUACAUAUCCCACAGACAGAGGAUUUACAGCAAUUGGUACUGGAGGUGAAGAUUUUGUCCAUUCUAUGGUUGAUGCUGUUGAAUCGGUUCUUCAAGAAUCGAUUCCAAAGGGCCAAGUAAGUCAGAAAAUAUCUUCCAGGGGAAAAUAUGUUUCUGUAAAAAUUGGGCCAAUACGUGUGGCUUCAAGUGAGCAGGUCCAGGCUGUAUACCGUGCCAUGAGAAGAGAUAACAGGAUGAAAUACUUCUUAUGAACUGCAAUUACUCAUUCCUGUUUAGUUCCUUCCAUCUUGUAACACCGGCGUCCUGUUAUAUGUUUUGCUGUACUUGUAAGUGCUGUCUCAAAUGGAAAUAUUGUGUUUGGUUUUCCGGUUCAUCGGCUCCAUGCGACAUAAAGAUCCCCCCUGCAGGCUGGAGCUUUUGUGAACUGAUGAGGAAGAACAUUGUGUGUUACUUUGGCCCAAAUAGAAAUUGCUCCAUUUUUCAGACAGGCACUACAAUGUAACAGCACGGUUUUCAUUACACUAUAGCGAACAUGUUUACAUAACGUUUAAAGAUGCUUGUAGUUUUGGGAUUUGUGGAAACGUCUAUGAAAUCUGUAUACAUUUCAGUUUAAUGCUCCAAAAUUGCCGAUGCAAGUCUUGAGUCC